CCGUGACCGCGACCGGCCGCGGGGCGGGUGACUCCUCUGCUGUCGUCCGAAGGAGCCCCAGAGCAGCCCCCGGAGCCGACCCGGAAAGAUCAGGAAAUUCUCCUGGGAGGAACGCUACGCGCUCUCGGUGACCCGUCCCUCCUUCGUUACGUGGUCACGCAGAGCGGAAGGCAGGGACCCUAGGCCGCAGCUCCGCCCUGACCGGAAUCUUCAGAACUCCAUCUCAGCUAUUUGGUGACUGAUGCUGCCCAAACCUGGGGUCUAUUAUUUCCCCUGGGAGGUCGGGGCUGGCCAAGUACCUGAUGGGGGCACGCUGAGAACAUUCGGCAGGUUGUGCCUCUACGACAUGAUCCAGUCCCGAGUGACUCUGAUGGCUCAGCAUGGAUCUGACCAGCACCAGAUCCUCAUCUGUACCAAGUUGGUGGAGCCGUUCCAAGCCCAGGUGGGCUCCCUGUACACUGUCCUUGGGGAGCUCGAGCACCAGAAGGAUGGAGGUUCCCUGGUGAAGGCCCGGGUGCUGACCUGUGUGGAAGGGAUGAAUCUGCCCUUGCUGGAACAAGCCAUCCAGGGGCAGAGGGUGUACCAGCAGGAGAGGCACAGCAGCCAGUAGGAAACGGCAACUCCCGGCAACGCCCCUCUGCUGAAUCUGCGCCCGGGGCCAAGCCCCCCCAUAGACGCCAGAGCUGCUACUGAGAGGACUCAGGAGCUUCCCCCCAGUGACAGCCUUUAUCUGGAGCCAGAGAGAAGGGGGGAGGAGUUGUUAAUUUGCGAUUGUUCCAGAAAUAAGAGCCCAGAGAGCAGGCGCCAAAGCCUGACAUUCCCAGGCGAGGACGCCCCAGGAGGCUGAGCUGUGGGGUCCUGGGAACUGUGCCUCGUGUGGGGGCCAUGGAGGGUUCCAGAAGGUCCCGGUGAAUAAAGGCCCCAGCGGGUGA